AUGGCAGCCUGGGCAGGUGCCCGUCCGGCGGCCGCUGGACGGAUGGGCCGGCAGUUGAAGACGACGUUGCUGCGGAGUGCGGCGAUGCCGGGUAGGACGACGUUGGAGCUUGCAAGUGUUUGGCCACCACGGACAGCCAGGCACGUGCCACCGCCGCUGCCCAACACAGAUGCGCCCUCGGCCCCAAAGUCGGACGAGCCACAACCACACGCAGAAACAGCCGAGACGGACAAGGUCAAGAAGGAGGGCGCGUCAGCGACGGCCAAGCAGCCACCAGCGGCAGCCAACAGCAAGAGCGAAACCGCUGCUGACGACUCGUCCUCGUCCUCGUCGCUCCCCUCGUUUGUCGAGUCUCGCCGGUCCGCCCUCAAUGCCCGCUUCAGCCGCUUCAUGGACGACCUGCAAGCGCGCUUCGUGUCGGCCUCCCAGACGCUGAACGACCUCACCGGCUAUACCGCCAUCGAGCACAUCAAGGCCAACAACGCCCGGCUCGAGACCGACCUGGCCACCGCCCAGGCCGACCUGCGCGUCGCCCGCCGCGCGUACCAGGCCGUCAACGAGCGCCGCGCCGCCACCCAGCGCGAAGUCACGACCCUCCUGGCGCGCAAGGACAGCUGGGCGCCGCCGGACCUCGAACGGUUUACCGUGCUGUACCGCCAGGACCACGAGCUGGAGACGAGCGCGCAGCGCGCCGUGGAGCAGCUCAAGGAGGCAGAAGCCGACGAGUCGCGGUUGAGCGCGGCGCUGACCUCGGGCAUCCUGAAGCGGUACCACGAGGAGCAGGUCUGGAGCGACCGGAUCCGGCGCCAGAGCACCUGGGGCACCUGGGGCCUGAUGGGCCUCAACGUGGUCCUGUUCAUCAUCCUGCAAGUCGUUGCGGAGCCGUGGCGGCGCAGGCGCCUGAUGCGCGGCAUUGCCGAGGCGGAGUCGGGCGUCCUGGAGGAUGUGCGCAAGGAGCUGGCGGACGUGCGCGCGGCGCUGGCAACCGUCUCGGGCGCUGCUGCAUCGACGACAGGACCGGCCGACACCCCGCUUGCCGGCGAUGCCGACGUAGCAGCAGUAGAACUCUCCUCGGCAGAGCAGCCUACCCUCACACCCACCGCCGACGCGCUCCCCUCGCCACCUCUCCGGCUGCAGCUGUUCACCUUGUCUUGGCCAACAUCGUGGCAUGAUGUCGUGGCCUUUGGACCCGAUCCUGUCCGGUGGAAGGCAUGGGCACAGGAUAUUGCCAGCGAACGCACGGUCAACGUGCGGAUGCGAGAUGUGUCCAUCGUAGCACUGCAGAGUGCCAUCGCGGGAGCUGUUUUUGUCGGCGGUCUGGUGCUUGCUUUCCGGUAG